CCCAUUGAAUGCAAUGUGUAAAAGCUGAGGGUAAACCAGAGUCGAUUGAAGCGCCUGUCUGUUCAUUCAUUUGAGAAUAUUUUAUUUUUGUUUCCACUUUUGUGUUGUAAGAUGAUUUUCAUGAUGAUAAUCUGAUGAUAGAAGAUGAUGAUGAUGAUCAUGGAAAGGGCGAGAGAAAGAAACUGAGUAUCUCAAAAGAUUCAGUAUUUAUAAUAGAAAGAAAUAAUAACAACCAAGAUUUAGGAAAAGCGAAAAAAAAAUAAGAGAUAUCCUUUGAAAUGAAUUGAAGAAACAAGUGAGAGAAAUAGGAAAAUAGCAACUAAUCAAACAAACCUUUAUAAUAUUUGUGAAUUAAUCUUGUUUCACCGUAAAAUUAAAUUUUUUGUGUUGACUGUUGGAUAAUAUGUAUUUAAAGUAAUCAUGGGUUAAACUUUAUCAACAAUUAUCAUUUAAUUCCCAUUAAUUGACAUCCAACGUGACCAUAAAGGCAGUUAUAGAGUUGAGACCGAUCCAAGUUGACAUCAUCAUUUCUGGUUAUUGAACGCCAUCAACAUCUAUUCCUUUGUUUUGUCAUAACCAUUUUACAUUUUGGGUUAAUUUCAUUGAUCUAUUUGGUGUAUUUAUUUUUGUGCCACAACAAUUUACUAAACACUGUUUAAAAAAAGAGUUCACAAAAUCAAGAAAUCAUUGGAUAAAAAUCAGCUUUACUAGUCAACCGUCAACAGCAAGACAACAACAUCAACACCAUGUAAAACCGUUAUCAUCUAUUGUUUUCCUCCGAUUCUUGUAUAACCUUAAUUGAUUGCCUUUCUCAACUUUAAGUUUAAUCUUGGUCACCUUUAUACGAUAAAUUAUUAUUUUACUGAGAGUAAAAAAAUAUUAAUUUAAAUGUAUUUAAUUUUGUUAAACAUUUUACAAUGAAAACAACCCUAAGCCAGCAACAAGAAACAUCAACACUCGCACAACAAUGCAAUUUACGUUUUCGUUUUUUCUCUCUUCUUCUUUAAUUUCUCAUACUAAUUAUAUUCAAUAUAAUUGUAAUUAUUGCUUAUUUUAAUUUAGUGCCUUUGUAUAUCCAGUGAAGAAAUAACGUUACACAAGUUAAAUUUUGGAAUCAUCUUUCAUCGCAAUUGUUUGCUUCUUCACAAUCAAAAUAUCUUCUUUUGUUGUCUUCAUUUUUCUGUGAUCACCAUAGUGCUAUAAAAGGAUAUACGCUCUCAUUUUCCUUCUUCUGGUUUAACUAACCAAAAUUGCAAUUAGUCGAUAACUAACUCACAUAUUAACCAACUGAUAACCCAAAAAUUCAAUCUCAAAUUCAUUAUCAUUCCAUAUUUUACUGUGUGCACUUCUAAAAUUAUCAACAACAAAAGUCUUUCUCUUUUUUUCCUUCUGCACUUCAAUGUGUGUAUUGUUAUUGUGUAUUUCAAUUGUGUGAUUUCAUCCAAUAUAUAUUAUAAAAAUGUGUGUGUGUGUUUCCAAUUAUCAUUAGUAAAUUAGCAUAAUCAAUGGACAAUUGAUUUCUUAAAAAAACCACUUCAAUUGGAUAAAAAUCUAUCCAUAUAUUUUUUGGAAUAAAAGUUUAAAGUAAAUCAGUCAAACUGUUCGGUCUUCUCAAUCGUAUUAUUGGGACUGAGGAUGGAACCACCGGUCCACCUGGAUCCUCAGGACCUGGAGGAUCAACUGGAUCCUCUUCAGGUCCCUUCGCUGGCUCCUUUAAUCGACCCGGAUCUGGAUUUGGUGGAGGACCAAAUGUUACCGGAGGAGGAAGCGGUCCAACUCUUGGGACUGGAGGAUCCACCGGCCUUGGAUUGCCAAAUUUUAGCCUCUCAUCUCUUACAAAUCCUAGACCAACUCCAAGUCCCGGAGGACCUUCAAGGCCAGGUAUUGGAGGAUUUGGUGGAACCUCUGGAAGUGGCAUCGGAGGUGGACCAGGUUUACCCAGUCUAGGAAUUUUCGGUGGACCCAAAACACCGGGUAGUUCAGUUUCUGGUGUAAGCAGCCUUUUUGAUCCUCUUCGACCUUCACCUUCACCCUCAUCAACUUCACUCGGUCCAUCGCCACAUCAUCAUCAUCCACCUUCAUCAAUAGCUGCUCCACCAGCGGUACCCGAUGUUGACAUGAGUGGGUUAACAGAAGAAGAGAAAGCAAUGAUUCAGUCUGUGAUGAUGAAAGCUCAAGAAUUUGAAAAAGGAGCUCCAUCAACAAUGCCAAGUCCAAAGCCUUCUCAGACUUCAACUAGUCAACAAGGAUCUCAUAGACCAACUCAAUCUCAGCCACAACAGCAACCACAACGUAUUCAGGGAGGAAUUGAAAGUGGAUAUCAACAGAAAGGAGGAGUAAAUCAAAUGACCUCAGGUCAAAGAGUUCCAGGCAUAAAUCAAUCGAUUUCACAGCCACAACCUCAGCAACAGCAGCAACCACAACAUUCAUCAGAUCCAAAUUUUGAGUUGAAUCAUUUUCAACAACAACAAAAACAGCCUCAGCAUAGACACCAAGUCCCACAACAACCAAGCCAAUCCCAGUCAAUUAAUCAACAAAUUAGACCGAUAACAAGUUCAUCUCAAUCUCAAAAUCAACAGCAACAGCAACAUCAACAAUCCCAUCAUCAAAUGCACCAACAACAACCUUAUCAAAGCCAACAAAAUUUACCGAGUCAGCAAAAUCAUUCUGUAAAUCAUCAACAACAGCAAGGCUUGCAAUACCAAAAUGGACCUGACUUGGAUCAAAUGAAAUCAAACCAACAACAACAAGAUUAUUUUCAACAGCAACAGCAAUAUCCACAACAACAGCAACAACAACAGUCUCAACCUCAGCCUCCACUUUCAAAUGAAAACCUCCCGAAUCAACAACAGCCAUCCGAUAAUUCAAUGAUAAGCUCACAGCAAACACAACAGGGAUUGAUACAAAAUCAACUGCCAUUAAUGCGAAAUCAAGCCAAUCAAGAUCAAAAUAUAAAUUACCAGCAACAACAACAGCAACAGCAACAGCAACUAGGCCGGCAACAACCUCAAAUACCUCAAGGGCAACAACAGCAAUCAUUUACAGGCAUGAAUCAACCUCACCUCCAACAACAUCAUCAACCUCAACAAUUACAACAGAACCCUCCAAAUCAAGGAAACCAACAACAGUUAAUGCAACAAUCCCAAUUGACCCAAGAAAAUGGAUUCUCAUUUAAUAACCAAAAUUUGCAGGAUUUCUCACAACCCAAGAUGAAUCAAACCCAAUCUCAACAACCAAAUCAUUCAAUUGGUGACAAUAAUCGUUUCAACAAUAAUAACCUUUUCAAUAAUAAUAACAUCAAUAACCAACAAGUCUUGAACUCAGAGGGUUCAAUCAUGUUUGAUAAUAUGCCUAAUGAAAGAUUAGAUGAGCAAAUUACUGAUCCUUAUGGUUCAUCUUUAAAAGCUGAUGAGCUUCACUCAAACCAUACAUUGAUUCAGGGAAAUAAUUAUCAAACCAAUCUUAGCUCAAUGGAUGGGAAUAACAUUUACCAAGAUUCAGGAUCAAAUUGUUUCAGAAAUGAUCCAAAUAAUAAUGAAACCAAUAACACAACCAACAGUAACAAUAUAAAUAAUAAUCUAAAUCAAUUUAACCAACGACUAAAUGAUCAAUUUGGUAAUCAACAGCAAUUCAACUCUGGUUUCCCAAAACAGCAACAACAGCAGUCAACUCAUCAACAUAUUUUACCAAAUACACAAUUACAGGGACAACAAUCAAUGCAACAUAAACAACAACAGAAUGCACCAAAUAGCAACCAACAGGCAUUUCCCCGUGAACCAGAUCAGUUUUCCCAUUCACAAAGCCAGUUACCUCAAAUGUCACAGAAAGGGCCACUUCAACCAUUGGGUUCAUUACAAUUAACAAGAGAACCACAACUGGAAACUCAACCUCAACAACAAUUACAACAAUUAACUCAUCAACAAGGCCCAGGAAUGGCACCUAAACCCUUUCUAGAUCCAGCUUCCCUUUUUAACCAGGAAAAUGUGGAACCCAAUUUACAGUCAACUUCUGGUUCACAAAAUCCAAUAAUACAAGCUUCUUCAUCAACAACAAUCACUCCAACUGGAACCUCAUUCAGACAAUUACCAAACCAGGUUGAUAUAAUGGCACAAAAUCAACUCAAAACUACAAACCUUCAAUACCAACAACAGCAACAACACCAACAUCCCCAGCAACAGCAACAACCAAUUCACCAACAGUUAACUAACCAACAGCAACAAUUUAACCAACCUCAACUUUACCAACCAACCAACUCUUACCAAUCCAAUCAAUUUGAUUCCAAUUCUUUCAUGAGACCAAAUGAAAACCAAAUGAAAAGAGAUUUUCGUGAAUAUCAAGGUUCAGAUGGUAAUCAAGUAAAUCAACAACAAAUGGCAUCAAUGGGCAUCAAGAGUUUAACCGGACCAACAGGAUCAACAUAUCAAACUGAACAGUCUAUUGAAGGAAAUUUUAGUGAUGUAAACCGUUUUAACCAACCUUUUCAGUCUACCAAUAAUCCAUCGAUAAGCAAUGUUAAUCGCAGUCUAGUUGGACCUAAAUCACAAGGUAAACCAAGUGAUACUAAUUCACCAACAUUAACUGGAUUAAUACCUCGAACAGUACCUUUACAAAGUGUUAGAGAUCAAUUAUCUUCAUCAUCUGUAUCAACUGGUUCAACAUCCAGUUUAGUGUCUUCAUCAUCACCAGCAACAUCAAUUGUCUCAAACCAACAUCAUCUUCAACAGCAACAACAUCAGCAACAACAACAACACUCUCAACAUCAAACCCAAUCCCAGCAACAUGUUAAUCAUCCUAAUCAAUCUAUUAAUUGUAUACCAGUUUCAAGUUCAACAAAUCUUUCAACAUCAAACUCAUCAAGCAACAAACCUAAAAGCUCAAUGAACCUCCUAACCCAAGGCAAUUCAUUAGCUUAUGGAUCUAACAUUAACUCAAUGGGUUCACUUGAGUUAACUAAUCAUCAUUUGAUUAAUAGAGGCAAUAGUAUCAAUAGUAAUGAUAGUAAUAAUAAUAAUGAUAGUCAUAGUAACAUAAAUAGCUCUGUUAAUAAUGAUAAUAAUAGUUACUCUCAACAGCAAAUUCAUGCUCAACAAAUGAAACGAAUGGAGAUCGGUGACUGUUGGUCUCCUGUUUCAGAAUUGUCACCCAUUCAAGAUGUUUCACCCUCCAUUGAACAAGCUGAACAGCGAAGUAUGCAACAACAUCAACAAUCAUUGGCAUCAGUUAACAAUACAAAUUUAGUUAAAUUAAACGACGAAUAUGGAAAUGGUUUACAUCGAGUUACAUCUGGAACCAUUUCGGGAAUGUUGGCUGAUUUCAAUAAACAAAUGGAAGCUUUGAGCACUGUUUCACCAACAGAUGAUAGAUCAAAAGUACAACAGCAACAUUCAAAUCGACGAAGUUCACUUUCAAGACUACAAUUGGGUUCAUCUUCAUCAGCAAAUGGAUCCAUUGAAAGUCGCAGUAGAUCGGGUUCAUUAUCAGUUAUUGGUCAUGAACCAUUAUCUUAUUCAACAUUGGCUUCAACAGCCGCAACCACAACUACUUCAUCUCGCCCAUCAACAUCAGCUUCAGAAACGGCAAAUUUGAUUAAAUCACUACAAACAUCAUUAUUAUCCUCAUCUUCAUCAACAGCACCUUCAUCAACUACUACAACAGUAACUAGUGCAAUUUCAAGUACAACUUCAAGUGCAACAUCAUCAACUAGUACCAAUAAAUUGCCAUCUAAAUCUAACCUUUCAACUGAUAUUGGUUCAAAUGUUUUAACCUCUAAACCUGAUGCAACAACAUUAAAUGAAAGCUCAAUUCUGGUUACACCAGGAAACCUUCAGCUUUUAGCUCAAUCUUUGCCUCCAGCUCAAUUAGCAAUACCUAGAACGGUUACUCAUCAAGUUGAACUUGCUGUUAGUCCAGUUGUUGAACAAACCUUACAACAGCAACAAAUGUUAAUACAACAACAGCAACAAUUAAUUAUGUUACAAAAAGAGCUUUUCCAACAACAACAAGAACAAUGUCAAAAACAAGAGCAAUUACAAAAAGAACAAGAGAAGAAAAAAGCCAAACAACAAUCAACGACAAUUCAAUCUCAAUCAUCACAAGGUCAAGCCCAAUCACAGCAACAACAACAGCAACAACAGCAAAUUUCAUCAAGCUCUUCUGGACAACAAACAAAUCAAAUGACCUCUUCAUCACACUCUGGACAUCAUACCUCUGAUCAUCAUGUAACAGCAACCUCUUCAGCAACAUCAACAACUGCAUCAUCGACAGCAUCUUCAUCAGUUGUCACAUCAGCCCAUCGUCAUUCCCAAUUUUCUGGACCCUCAUCAUCAGCUCCAGCAACUCCUAAUCGUAAAGAUCGACGGCGAUUACCUCAACCAACAAUAGAGGAAAUCCAAGGAGCAGUUCAAGCCAUUUCAAAUCAAUCUACUUCAUCUUCAAUUUACUCGCACGGCUCAAGUCUAACAGCCAAUAAAACGUCAACCGGUGCUUCUCAACAUUUUGGUGCUCGACCCAUUUCACCGUUGAUUCCGAGAAAAAAUCAAAUAAUCGGAGUUCCAAUUAUACCUCCCAUGAGUCGAUCUCGACCGACUCAGGCAUCAACAGUAUUAACAAUGGCCACACCGACAGUUGUAUCCUCAUCAAUAGCGACAACCUCGUCUCUUCUUGAUCCAAGGCAUGGUCUUGCAGCUUCCUCCCUUGGAAUGAUUCGUGGUAUUUCACCUUUAAGUAUGUUAGAUGAAACUCAAAGUGAAGCUGGUGGCUUGAAAAAUAAACGACGAUUACCAUUGGUUCCUUUAGAUGAAGAGCCAGUCACUGCGGCAGCAGUUAGUCGUAAAUUAAUUAAAGAAAGAUUGAUGGGAAAAGCAUCUGGAGGAGCUGGAAAUUUAUCCUGCAAAUCAGUUCAGUUAUUAAGGUCAGCAUCUUCUUUGGAUCACACUCCAAAUACUGGGAUGGGAUUGGGACCGUUUAAUAAAGAUGGUCCAGGUUUUAGUGGUCUACCAUUGCGAUCCCGUCCACAUUCAGGUCCAAUAUCUCCCUUUUCAUCUUUAAGUGACAUUGCCAAUCUAAUUAAUUCAUCUGCCAGCGGUUUAGCUGGCCUUGAUUUACAUCGUCCACAAACACCGAUCAAUACACUCCGUUCAUCAAUGACAGGAGGAGCUGGUCCGAACGGACCAUCCGAAUUUCAAACCUCAUUGGCCAAUUAUUUGGGUAUAAAUGUUUCUGGUGGAGCAAAUAUGCCAUCCGGACCUGCCUCAGUUUUUGGUUUAUCCCAUAAAUCACCUUUUGUAACUUCAUCACUGCCACCUUCUUCACCAAUGACCUCCCCGCUCGGAGGAGGCUUGGGUUUAGGGUCUGGAGGAGGAUAUAUCAAGUCUCUUAAAUCACAGCUUAAAGAUGAACUCAAAAGCGUUGUAGAUGAAAGAUUGCGUCUUCUCGAGGGUCGUGAACCUAGAGAAAAGCAAGAUUUAUAUCGCCGCUCAGAAACUGAUCUACAAGCCUUGUAUGACCUGGGUUCAAUUGAAAUGGAUGCCCUUCAUUCACGUAGAGGAUUAUUAAACCGUCGACGUCCCCUUGGUGGACUUAGACGCGGCGAUACUUUAGAUCCAAGAGCAUUAGGAACUUAUUCAUCUUUGUUACAAGAACCGAAUAUGAUGGGCAACAGAUUUUCAGCUCCUGGAUUAGCCCCUGAAUUGUUCAAAUCAUAUGAAUAUGAAUUUCUUGAUCCAGGAGCAAGUGCUUAUCCUGGUUUAUUACCAACAUCCUCGUUAGCUACAGGUCGUUCACCUUUUGGAGGACCUUCUUCAAAUUUUAGACGACCUGUUUCCUCCUUGGGAGUCUUAGGAUCAGGACUCAAUUCAACUGAUAUGGCUUAUGGGUUAAGAGAUAGGUUAACGAACGGUGAACUUGAUCCUGGACUUAGAGAAUCGUUUAUUCCAAAUUUCAUGGACACUGGUGGUGUAGAAGGAGCAAGACUACUAGGAAUGGGCGCAGGUCACAAUAGAUUUCGUCGUAGAUCAGAAGGAUCUAUUGAUGAAUCACUACUCCAUUAUGAUCCCUACAAUUCAAUGAAUAUUUCAGGAGUUCGUGGUUAUGAUGAUUUGCGAACAAAUGUAAACGCAGCAGGAGCCACAGCUGGUGGUCAUACUGGUUACAGAGCUCGUCCACUUUUAGGUUCAAUCGGUCCAGCACACUCUUGGCAUCCAUCACCAUAUGGAUCAGAAGAUGAAGAUGAUAAGAUGACUCGUGAAGAGAAAGCAAGCAGAGUUAAAGCUGAAAUUGCUCGGCGAAGAGCUCAAUUGAUGGAGACUGGUCGAGCAGUAGCUGAUGAUUUGGGAGGUGGAGGUAAAUUACACGUAGGACCAUCAGGUCAUCAUCCUAGUUACUAUUCAAGGGAUCAAACACAGCAGUAUAAUUCAAGUGCCUAUCGUCGACAAAUUGGAGCCAGAGGAAAUGGUCCCAUGGCUGGGGAAGAUUACAGUCCUUCAGGUUAUAUGGAUGAUUAUUAUACAUCUGGAAAUCGAUGUAUGCAUGGAUCACCAACUCAUGUAAGAAGAUCACGGAUGACACGAGAUGGACUUUAUUCCCGAUCAUUGGACACUGGUUACGAAGAUUACACAGGAGCGCCUUUACACCACCACCCUGAUCAACAGCAGCAUCAGCAAGCCUAUGAUGAAUAUGGUUAUUACAACAGAGGGAACGGAAUUAAUCGACCAGUGACAACUGAUUAUCAGCCAAAUUAUAACGGACCAAAUUAUGUUGCAAAUCACAAUCUGCCGUCCCAAGGCCAAUCAUUACCGGCAAAUAAAAGACCAAAAUAUCCUUUCCCAGUCAAGAGAAUCUUAUUGAUCCGAGAUCCUAAAGAAAGAGCUCAUGGAGGAUCUUCGUCGAAACCAGGUAAUUGUUAUGGACUACGUCUAAUUGGUGGUCAAGAAAUACCUGGGACGGAUCAAGUUGGAACUUUUGUUGAGAAAACAAUUACUGGUGGAGCUGUUGAUUCACUUGGAGAAAUUCGUGAAGGUGAUCAAGUAUUAGAAUGGAAUGGAUUGCCAUUGACCGGAUUAUCAAAUGAAGAAGUCCAAAGGCUGGUUUCUGCAUCCAAUAAUGCUGAAGAAGUUGAACUUGUUAUACGAAGAGAUUUUAAUUUGUUUGAUGUUCGAUAUGAUUAUAACUCCUACAGUCAAACAGCUCCAACAGAUGGUGAUUAUUAUGUAAAUAAUCGAGGUCAAAUGUCGCAAGGAAUUGCAGCCGGAACAGCGGAAGGUGAUCAAUAUUAUCAAUCACCAUAGUCUAUGAAACCUGGAAAUGAGUUAAAAUCAUGAUGUAUCAAGCAUAAAUGUCUUGUUCUGAAUAAGUAAUCAUCAAGUCAAACCAUAGUGAGAUCAUUUUUGGGCAUGGUAAAGACGAACCCUGACUUAUACCCAUUUAAGUGACAGAAUAGAGACUUUUGAAAUUGCAGUUUAAUUGCUCAUUCAGUUAAUUUCAACUUUCUGGAUCUUAUUAUUUUAAUUAUCGAUAAACUGCAAUCUACUCUAUUUUCACCAUUAUUAUUGGUAUCAUUGUUUACCCUUUUAAUAUUGGUAUUGUCAUCAUUGGCAUUGGAUGGAAUGAUUCCACUUGAUUUCUGUGAUAUUUUGGUCUUAUAAGAUUCUGGUUCAUAACACAGGCAUAAUAUUUUUCUAAAAGCUCUUCGAAAAUCUCUUGACCAACAUGCAUAAAUAAAUGGAUUCAUCCCACUAUUCAGCCAACCUAACCAUGUAACCAAAGGAUAAACCA